AUGUGUUGGGUUGCUUGGGAUAAUCUCACACUCCCAAAGAACGCAGGAGGACUCGGGUUUAAAGAAAUAGAAGUCUUUAACGAUGCCUUGCUUGCAAAGAUACCUUGGCGCCUUCUCCGCAACCCAAACUCUCUUCUCGGCCAAGAUGAGAGGGUUUGGCUACCCGAGAAGUCGGGGGAAUACACUACUAAAUCAGGGUAUGCUCUCUCAAAACUACACGUCACUCCCCGAACCCCUGAAGAUUUCAACUGGAAACAAUGCAUUUGGAAUGUUAAAUGUUCCCCAAAGCUCAGGCAUUUUUUGUGGAAGAUCAAAUGUAAUGCUCUAUCUGUGGGUGAUCUUCUUAAGAAAAGAGGCAUGGAGACAGACGGUACCUACAAGCGAUGUGGAUAUGAUGAAACUGUCCUUCAUGUCUUUCUCACUUGCCCUUUUGCGAAGAAGGUCAAACUUUGGAAUCAUAGCGAUUUUCACAGGUUUCCUCGCCAUUUAGAUCGUCACCUACAAGACUCCAAGAAUUUCAGAGACUUUUGCGGCCAGAUUUCUCCUGAAUUAGGAUUCAACAGCUCCACGAGUCUCCAUGAUCAAUCUCAGCAUCCUCCCUUCCACGUUGCUGGUUUUGCACCGGUUGUGCAAUUCGACGGUGUCGAGUGGAACAGCUUUGGUCGGAAGAGAGUAAAGGAAAUGGACUUCCUCGAGAACAAUUCUCAGAUAUCUUCAAUUGAUUUUUGGCAAGGCCGGUCCGUCUCAACCGGGUUGGGUCUCUCACUCGAUAGUCCUCCUAUCGGCUCUGCUUUGUUGCCCCUCGUCGGAGACGAUGUUGAGCGAGAGUUACAGAGGCAAGAUGCAGAAAUCGAUCGAUUUCUCAAGAUUCAGGUUAACCAACUACGCCAUGCGGUCCUCGACAAGAUCCAGAGGAGUCAAUACAAAACCGUGGCCCUCAUGGAGGAAAGAGUUGUCCAGAAGCUCCGUGAGAAAGACGGACUCGAGAUGGUAAACCGAACGAACAAGGAACUCGAGGUGCGGAUUGAACAACUGGCAAUGGAAGCUGAGGCAUGGCAACAACGUGCAAAGUACAACGAGAACAUGGUCGCUGCUCUCAACUACAAUCUGGAGCGAGCUCACGGUCGACCAAGAGAUAGCAUUGAAGGAUGUGGAGACAGCGAAGUGGAUGACACGGCUUCUUGCUUCAACCGUAGAAACGGUAAGAUGAUGUGCAGGUUUUGUGGAGUGAGGGAGGUGUGUAUGUUGUUGUUGCCAUGUAAGCAUAUGUGUUUGUGUAAGGAGUGUGAGAGGAACCUGAGCUCUUGUCCUCUGUGUCAAUCUUCCAAGUUUCUGGGGAUGGAAGUAUACAUGUGAUAUGAUAUUUUCCGUAAACUAAAAACUCUAAUUAGCUAACGAACGCUUUUGUAAUUUGUCUUUGUUUUAUUAUGGAGUGAAUCUGUGUAUAACACAUAAAGAAUGUCGAUAUUAGCUCAAUACCCAAAAGUGAAAAAAAAGCUGGUGUA